AUGAUAGAAGCAUUGACAGGGACAUUGUUCUAUGUUCAAGUGGAAGAUGAUGCAACAGUGGGUGAUCUAAAGAGGGAGAUUGAGACACAGGAGAAGCUCCCUCAAGAUCGUCUCAUCCUUCUUCAUGACUCCCAUGAUAAUCAUGAACAUGGUCAUGGGCUUUUGAUGGUGAUGAUGGAAGACACACUUUCCCUUGUUGAUUAUGGUGUUAGAGAUGGAUCUCAUAUUCAUCUUUGUUUCAAUCCCCUUGAUGAUGCCUCUUCUCAAUACCAUCUCUUAUUCACUGCUCCUGAUUCCCUUAUGUGGUAA